AUGAAGCUGAAGAAGAGAAGGAGGAAAAGAAAGAGGAAGAAAAGGAGGAAACUGAAGAUUGAAGAUGUUGAAGAUGUUGGAUCUGAUGAAGAGGAAGAUGACAAAAAAGAUGGUGACAAGAAGAAAAAGAAAAAGAUUAAGGAGAAGUACAUUGACGAGGAAGAGCUUAAUAAGACAAAGCCCAUCUGGACUCGGAAUCCCGACGAUAUAACUACUGAGGAGUAUGGAGAAUUCAACAAAAGCUUGACUAAUGAUUGGGAGGAUCACCUGGCUUCCAAGAACUUCUCUGUUGAAGGCCAGCUGGAGUUCAGAGCUCUGCUGUUUGUGCCAAGGAGAGCACCUUUUGACUUGUUUGAGAACCGAAAAAAGAAAAAUAACAUCAAGUUGUAUGUCUGUAGAGUGUUUAUUAUGGACAACUGUGAGGAGCUCAUUCAUGAAUAUUUACAUUUUAUCAGAGGCGUAGUGGAUUCUGAGGAUCUCCUACUGAACAUUUCCAGAGAGAUGUUGCAGCAGAGUAAAAUUUUAAAGGUUAUCAGGAAAAACCUGGUAAAAAAAAUGUCUUGAGCUCUUCACUGACCUAUCGGAGGAUGAGGAAAACUACAAAAAGUUCUAUGAGCAGUUUUCAAAGAACAUAAAGCUUGGUAUUCAUGAAGACUCUCAAAACCGUAACAAACUCUCAGAACUAUUGCGAUUUUACACUUCAGCAUCUGCUGAUGAAAUGGUCUCCCUUAAAGACUACUGCACACGAAUAGGAGAACCAAAAACAUAUUUAUUACAUUACAGGUGAAACAAAAGAGCAAGUGGCACACUCUGCAUUUGUGGAAAGGCUAAGGAAACAUGGUCUUAAAGUAAUAUAUAUGAUUGAACCAAUCGAUGAGUACUGUGUACAGCAGCUUAAAGAGUUUGAAGGCAAAACACUGGUCUCUGUAACAAAAGACGGGUUGGAACUUCCAGAAGAUGAGGAAGAGAAAAAGAAACAGGAGGCAAAUAAAUCAACGUUUGAAAACUUGUGCAAAAUUUGAAGGACAUUCUAGAAAAGAAAGUGGAAAAGGUUGUGGUGUCAAACAAACUUGUCACUUCUCCUUGCUGCAUUGUAACAAGCAUGUACGGUUGGACAGCAAACAUGGAGCGUAUCAUGAAGGCUCAGGCAUUAAGGGACAAUUUGACAACGGGUUACGUGGCUGCAAAGAAACACCUUGAGAUCAACCCAGAUCACUCGAUAAUUGAAACACUACGACAGAAGGCUGACGCUGACAAGAAUGACAAGUCUGUAAAGGACUUGGUUAUAUUGCCAUACGAAACUGCCCUCCUAUCUUCUGGCUUCUGCCUUAAGGACCCACAGACACACUCCAACAGAAUCUACAGAAUGAUUAAACUUGGUUUAGGUAUUGAUGAAGACGAUUCUACAACUGAAGAGUUAAAUCAACCAGUAACAGAAGAAAUGCCUCCCCUUGAAGGAGAUGAAGACUCUUCUAGAAUAGAGGAAGUCGACUGA